CAAAUGUCUAUUAAUAUGGAUGAUCUAAAGAAAGUCAAUGUAGAUACACUUACAGCUAAGGAAAAAUAAAAAUGUUAUGAGGCUUUUGUUGCAUUUGAUAAAAAUGUAUCAGGAUAUAUUGAGAAAGAUGAGUUGAGAGCAGUUUUAGAAGGUAAACAUACCUAACAGCUUAGAAAUGGGACAGAAGCCAUCAGAAGAAGAAUUGAUUAAGAUGAUUAACGAAGUAGAUUUAUCAGGAAGAGGAGCCAUUAGCAAAGAGGAUUUCUUAAAAAUUAUAGCAUAUCAUAAAAUGAUACUAUAGACUAGUGACGAAGAGGAUAUAAGUAAAUUUUAAAUUAAACCUCCAUAGAACUUGCAUUUAUAGCUCUGGGAGGUAAUGAAGACAAGACUGGUUCUGUUGAUAGAUAAAAACUGAUCAAUGUUAUAUAAAAUGAGUUUAAUCUUUCAAUAGAUUUAAAUGUAAGAAAUACUAAUUGUAUAUUAGAGAUUGAUAAAAGAACUGUCUCCAAACCAAAAUGAGUUGAAAUAUGAAGAUUUUCGUAAUUUACUGUAAAACUGA